CUUUGUUCUUCCAUUUGUCUUCUCUUUCAGCAGCAGCAGUAGCAGCAACAAGAAGAGCAACAAAACCCUAAUUUGAAGACCUAAUCAUGCCGAAGCAAAUCCACGAGAUCAAGGAUUUCCUCCUAACAGCAAGGAGGAAGGAUGCACGAUCUGUCAAGAUCAAGAAGAACAAGGAUAUGGUCAAGUUCAAGGUUCGCUGCUCCAAGUACCUGUACACACUCUGUGUGUCCGACUUUGAGAAGGCUGACAAGUUAAAGCAGUCACUUCCUCCAGGUUUGAGCGUGCAAGACCUUUGAAGAUGUAAGAGUUGAUGUGUUUUCCCCCCUUAGAUUGAUUAGAAGAUACUCAAGAAUUCGAACAACUUGUGCUCCUUUACCAUUUUCUCAACCUGUGGAAUAUCUUAAGUUUUGUUCGUUUUAGAUAUUUGUGUUGCUUUCUCAAGUGUCUCCUUUGACUUUAUUUUGAACCCUUAUGUUUUUGACAAGAAAUUUUGGUUAA